AUGCCGUACGACUACCGAAACAAGUAUGGCGCCGACCUCGUCUACUCUGAGGAAAUUAUCGACCACCGAAUGAUUCGUGCAAAGCGCACGUACAACCCGCACUUGCACUCUGUCGACUUUGUGCAGCCCGACGGCACUGUCAUCUUUCGCACUUGUCCUGCGGAACGCGGCAAGCUCGUCUUCCAGAUGGGGACGGCCGAUCCCGCGCGUGCGGUCGCCGUUGCCCGUUUAGUGAUGCAUGAUGUGCUUGCUGUCGACGUUAACAUGGGUUGCCCAAAGUCAUACUCGACCGACGGAGGCAUGGGUGCUGCGCUGCUGAAACACCCCGACAAAAUUCACGCCAUCCUGACGGCGCUCGUCGCUGCCGUUGGCGAGCACGUGCAUGUCACCUGCAAGAUUCGCGUGUUGGCAACGGUCGAAGAGACUGUCGCGCUGGCCAAGAUGAUUGAAUCCACCGGCGUGAGCGCCCUUGCGGUGCACUGCCGAUUGACGCAUGAGCGCCCUCGCGAGCCUGGACACCCCGAUAUGCUCAAGCCGAUUGUCGAUGCCUUAUCCAUCCCCGUCAUUGCCAACGGCGGCUCGCUAGACAUUGUGUCGCAUGACGACAUUGAGGCCUUCCGACAGCGGACUGGGUGCGCCUCGGUCAUGGUUGCGCGGGCUGCCCAAAACAACCCGUCAGUGUUCCGUCCCGAACCCCUUGUUCCUCGCCUGGAAAUGGCCCGGCAGCUCCUGCGCACUGGCAUCGAGUGGGACAAUCCAUCUGGCAACACCAAGUUUUGCAUCAACACCCUGGCCAACGACGGAUCAUGGGUCACGCCGCAUGGCUUUACCCAGUGCGAGUCACACGCGGCCAUGUGCCCGUUUUUGGGCAUCGAUCCCGCCGAAGUUGUGGCGAUUCAAGAGCGGCGCCGCGCUGCAGCCGUGCUCGAGCGCGAACGUGACGGCGAUCUCGUUGUUGUUGUUGGCGGUGGCGCUCAUUCGAGUGCUCCCACUGCCAAGCGCAAUCUGCAACGUGCAAAUUCGUCCGAAGAAGCUAGCGGUGAUGCAACCAGCUUGGUCACCGACGAGACUGAAAACGCGUCAAAGCGAAUGCGGAUGGAUGCUGCUGAUCCAACCCCCACAAACGUCGACCCACUUCUUCACGAAACAAACACCAUUCACAUGCCGCUCAUCUUCCUUUCAGACACCAUUGUGCGGCCUCAACCCUAUCCCAAGGCGCUCGUUGAUAUUCUCGCAAAUCGGCCUCAAUUCACCACGGACGAGGCCAAUCGCAUGUUCCGCGUUCGCCUUGUUGAACCUGAGACUGGCACACAGUUCUGCUCUUCCUUGUUUGAUAAACGCAAAAAGGUUUCUGAACACGCGGCUGCGCUGGUCUACCUGCUUCACCGUCAUCCAACCGAAGCGGCGCAAUUCGCGCAGAGCUACAAGCUUCGGGGCGACGAUGAACACAAACAAUUUGUCUUCCAGAACGACGCCCCUGUCGUCAGUGAAUCUACACCAGCAGCGAUCUGACCGCCUUCCAACAUCUCGCGCCUCUUGUUUGUUGUUGGUCCUUUUUAAGUGAAAUAUCAAUAGUUUAUCGCCGCA